CUAUCAAUCAAUUGGGGAUCCCAAACUUAUAUGGACGCAAUAUCACGAAUAUGACAGCAAGCUGGGCUCAAAUUCAGUAUAAAACCGAGUUGAACAACUGAAUUAAACAUCAAACUAUCUCUAGCGCCUGAAGCAGCAGUAACUAUUUGCAGUAAAACCAAUUCAACUCAAACCUAAAUCCUUGCAACAUGAAGACAGUCGUGCUUUUCGCUGGUCUCCUCUGCGCUUUCUGCCUGUUUCACAGCACCAAAGCAGCUCCCGCUGAUACAGCUGCUCUAGAGGCCGUUGACGCGCAAUUGGCUGUGCUGAAGGAAGAGUCUGCGGUGGAGUUGAGUCGUCAAAAGCGCGCUACUUGUGACCUGUUGAGCGGAACCGGUGUUAAUCACAGCGCUUGUGCGGCCCAUUGCGUAAUUCGUGGCAAUCGUGGCGGUUAUUGUAAUGGUAGCGGUGUCUGCGUCUGCCGAAACUAACGGGAUUUUUUGCAAAAAUAAUUUAAACUAACGCAUACUGUAUAUAAAUUGAAAUGUUGUAGCAGUCAUCAAAUAUUUUUGUUCAAAAAUUUAUAUUUCUGAUUCAAUAAACUUUCAAAAAGAUUAAAGUAUAAUUAUCUUGGAAAUCAAA